GACGGCUUUGGCCGGCAGGCUCCUGUUUUAGCUUUGCUAGGCAGAGGGGGCGGGAAAGAAACCCUGCAAAGCGAUUGCGCUCCCCGCUUCUCCCUUUUCUCCAUCGCUUUCCUUUCUCCCCUCGACCUGCCGCCUCCGGGGGGUUAUUGCAAGGAUACCGGAGCAGCAGCAGCAGCAGCAGCGCAUCCUCGCCUGGGAAGGGAGCGUGGGAAAGGACGCCCAAGGGCAAGGAGGGACCCGAUCUCGGAUGCUGAGCCCCGGGUUCUGUGCGUGGUCCCUGCCACCGGCUCGCCCCGGCUCUGCCUCGCCUUCUCGGGAGAGCGAUCCUUUGGGGACCCAGCAGCCGGCGCCCCCCCCCGGCUGGCUGCGAUGGAGCUGCGCCUCCCCUCGCCUUACCUGAAGAAUGAGGCUUGCCAAGUGUCUAGAAGCCGCUGGAUUCCUGUCCCACCGGAGCUGACAAGGUGCCGGACGUCGCAGGGGCUGGAAGUCGCAACCGAAGGUGAUUCUACAACGUCGAGGCACGUCCAGGGCGUUUCUCCUCUGUCUGUUCCAGAUUGCUCCUGAGAAAGCCAGAGGGAUCCUCGCUCGUUCCCAGCCGGGACUGGAAAUUGGAUACUGGCUCACAGCUGUUUGCACAGGGACUCUGUCCCUUGUGUUGAUGCCAGGCUGCCGCCCCCGAUGUGCCCACCCUCUCCGGGGAGAAGAAAUGAAGCAGAGAUGAAUGCUGGCAAUGGGGCACGACCCCUCUCUCCCUGGAAGCUGGAUCCGCAGCCGCGUGGGGGGCAAAGGCCCCCCGAACCAUCCCGGCACGCUCUGCCCCUGGUCUUCACGGUCUUCGUCUGGCUGGCCACGGGGACCACCAUGUCCAGCCUCAACAAGUGGAUCUUUGCCGUCCACAACUUCCGCUACCCGGUCUUGCUCUCCUCCCUGCAUAUGUUGACGGCUGUGGUGGUGGGCAACCCUUUGGCGAAGCUGCGGGCCGGCGGCACCGGGCACCCCGCCCCGUGCCCUGCAGCCAAGGGCAGGGUUUUCCUGCUGAGCCUGACCUUCUGCGCCAGUGUGGCCUUUGGGAACCUGGGACUGAACUACGUCCAGCUGGACUUUGCCCAGAUGGUUUACACCACGACGCCGUUCUUCACCCUGACCCUCUCCAAGGUGCUGCUGGGGAAACACCACCACCCCCUGCAGUACGUGGCCAUGGGGCCCAUCUGCUUGGGGGCUUCCUUGAGCAUCGUCGGGGAGGUGCAUUUCGACCAAGCCGGCUGCUGCUUCCUGUUUGCCGCCACUUUCCUCCGCGGGCUGAAGUCCAUACAGCAAAGUACCUUCCUGCAGGAGGAGCGCCUGGACUCGCUGACCUUGCUCUGCCUCACUUCCCUGCCCAGCUUCUACAUCCUCUUUGCGGCCGCCUUGGUCCUGGAGGUGGGGCCCGCCUGGGACGGCACCCUGGCCUACGGAGGGGGCCUCUGGGCCUGUGUGCUGCUCAGCUGCCUGGGCUCGGUGCUGUACAACUUGGCCAGCUUCUACGUCAUCUCGCUGACGUCGGCCCUCACCAUCCACGUCCUGGGGAACUUCAACGUGGUGGGCAACCUCCUGCUCUCCCACUUUCUCUUUGGCAGCCGCCUGACGCUGCUCAGCUACGCGGGCAUCGCCCUCACCCUCUCGGGGGUCUUCAUGUACCAUCACUGUGACUGCAUCGCCUCCUGCUGGCGCUCCAGGGGUGGGCGGGGCAAAGAGGAGUAAGCGGAGGGAGGGAGGACGUGAUUGGAGCUGUGACUGCCAAUCGCGGGAGCCGUAGGGCCAAUGGGGUAGGGGGCCUGCCCCGUCAACCUCAGCCUGCUCUUGUCCAGCCCCCAUCUGGUCCAGGAGGGUUGGCACUGGCUGCCUGCUUCCUGCUCCCCGGUUUCAGUGUUGCUCAGCCGGCAGGAAGACGGGGACAAAACUAGAAUGAGUUGACUCAGCCUGCUCUCUGGCGCCACCUACUGUUGGGCUCCCUGCUUUCUGCCCUACCAGUGGGCACCGGCCACCAUGGGGAGUUAGGGUGACUCUGAAUACCCGUUGUUGGGAAUUGCAGGUGGGCAGAGUGUUGGUUUGCUCAGGUCCCGCUUGCAAGCUACCAAUUGGGGCAUCUGGUUGGCCACUGUGGGAACAUGAUGCUGGACUAGAUGGGCUUGAUUCGGCAGAGUUGCUCUUAUGUUCUUACACCACCAAUGCAGGGGGUGGCACUGCUGGCCAGCUUCCUCCCCUCGGUGUUGCCCUUGCGGAACUGCAGAACGGAGGACGGGGACAAAAGCUGCAGUUAGUUGGCUCUGCCUGUCGUUGGCUGUGGCGCCACCUACUGUUGGGCCUCCCUGCUUUCUGUCCUGCCAAUCCCAAUGGGUGCCAGCCACUACUGCCAUUGUGGGAAGGUGUGCCUCUCCUCUCUGAUGGAUCAUAGCACUCCUCUGGUAUGUUGCAGGGGGACAGUGGGCGCUCAUGAGCAGCAGAUGCAAGAAUUAUGGGAAGGCUUAUCCUCCCCCAAAUAACUCAGCCCCACCUGACCCCGAGCCAUUUUACGCACUGGGCAAGAGCUACAGCAGAUGGUUUUUAGAGGAAGCCAGGAGAUGCCACCUCUGCCCACCGAAGGAUUUGACGGCACGGGGUGCGGGGAGUAGAUGCUGCGUAUCUGAAUUCUCACCUACAUAGAAUCUUUUUUUAAAAAAACAUUUUAAAAAUCCCUGCCCCUAGAAAGCCAGCACCUUGGGAGAGAGAGGGUUCUCUUCUCAUUUUCUCCUUGAUGUGCUAGAUUUCUACAUGCAGGUAGGCUCCCCAGCUCCUCUGAGGCAGAUAAUUCAAACAUGCAGACUCUGCAGAAGAGAGAAAGGAAGAGCGGAUCUGCCUCAGCAGAGCUCCCUGGCACCAGCCGCUACUUCUCAUAGGGCUAAAAAUUGGGGGGAAACCAAAUGUUUCCUUCUUUUUUAAAAAAUGUUGAGACUUGAAUGUGUGCACCUCUGAUCUCCGCAAGCCGCUUUGCAGCCAUGCCAAUUUUCGUGCCAGUUCCUUCCCGACCCCUCCGAGGGCACUGUGGGAUUGAUGCCCGCAGAGGGAGGUGGCACAGAGUUCCUCCUUUCUUUGGGCAGGGCUCCCCACUUGGUACUAAAGUACUCAAUGAGCUGGGAAGAGGAGCUCCCAUAUAGGAGGAACAUGGAGAUGAAAAGUGGUGUGUUCAGGGGCGUGCAUGUGUGCGCAUGUGUGUGUGUGUCUAUUUCCGUUCUCUACUGCCACCUGGUGGGGUGGCGUAUAGUGCAAUUUUUAUGGAUGGAUGUUUUAUUUCUGCGUUGCCUGCUAGUGGAUUAAGGGUGUGUGUGUGUGUGAGAGAGAGAGACAUGCACAUUUGCUUAUGAGUAGACACCCAUUAGUAUUUUCUUAUCCUCACUGGGCUACAUCAAGGAUGAGGAGAUCUGCCGCCCUCCAGUUUCUGUUGGACUACAGCUCCCAUCAGCCCCAGCCAUCCUUGUCAAUGGUUAGGGAUGAUGGGAAUUGUAGUCCCAGCAUCUAGAGGACUAUAGAGGUCCCCCCAUUCCUGGACUAGGUAACUCUCCUACCUUAGGAUGCUCAUUUGCUUU